GGUUAUCGUGACGUGAUAGCGUUUAUCCACUGCACCACUUGUCCAACUCCGAGUCUAGACGCCUUGCGAACGCAUCAAGAUGACCGGCUCGUCUCAUAAAACGAAGCGGAUAACUUCCGUUGUAGCGGCCACCUUGGUUGCUCUCGCGUGUGGUACCAACUAUGCGUAUUCAGCAUGGGCGCCCCAGUUCGCGCAUCAAAUGAAGAUCUCCUCCACCGAAAGCAACUUCAUUGGCGUAGCUGGAAACUUGGGCAUGUAUGCAUCGGGUAUCCCAUUGGGUUUGUUGACAGAUGCUCGGGGUCCACGUCUCACAACCUUCCUGGGAGCCAUCACCCUUGGGAUUGGCUACUAUCCCAUCUAUCUGGCAUAUGAAAAGGGACCAGGGUCUCUGGGAAUAGUCGUUCUGUCGUUUUUCGCUUUCCUGACUGGCUUUGGGAGUUGUUCGGCAUUCUCAGCAUCAAUCAAGACAUCGGCAUCCAACUUUCCCGAACACCGUGGAACAGCAACUGCUUUCCCCUUGGCCGCUUUCGGACUGAGCGCUUUUUUCUGGUCUACGAUAUCCGCGGUUCUCUUCAAGGACGACACUGGCCGGUUCCUCCUCUUGCUGGCCCUGGGAACCUGUAUUCUGAACCUGGUGUCGAUCCCGUUUCUCCGCAUCCUUCCCCCGAGCGAACCAUAUAUGCCACUUGGACGGAGCAGGUCUCCUGGAGCGGAGUCUCGUCGUCUACACACCACCCGGUCCACCGAAUUCCGGCACAGCCUGGAAGAUUCCGAUGAAGCAGGUACGCAGCCUUCUAUUACCUAUGAAUCCUGUCCCCCGGCGCAUGGCAGAUCGCACUCGGUCGUGUCGAAUCCCUACCCCGGCCACAACCCCGAUAUUGACGAAACCUCCUCUUUGGUGUCCAAAGUCCCUUCGAGAUCAUCCCAGGAAUUUUUGAAUGAACAUGAUGAGGAGGAUGCUUUGUCUGAUGUUACUCCCGACUCACCUCACCCAGACGUUAGAGGCUUGGCGAUGCUGCCUAGGAUCGAGUUCUGGCAACUCUUUUUGACGAUGGCGCUUCUCUCUGGAAUCGGACUGAUGACGAUCAAUAACAUUGGCAACAGCGCCAAGGCACUUUGGCGGUACUACGACGACAGUGCCAGCUCGAAAUUUAUCCAGCAACGCCAGGUUAUGCAUGUGUCGAUCUUGUCAUUUGGCAACUUCAUCGGUCGCCUUUCUAGCGGCAUCGGUUCCGAUCUUCUGGUAAAGAAACUGAACAUGUCGCGGUUCUGGUGUUUGUUCAUCUCCGCCUUUGUCUUCACUAUUACCCAGCUUGCAGGUUCCGCGAUCUCCAACCCGCACCAGCUAGCCAUUGUAUCCGGAUUCACCGGUAUUGCAUACGGCUUCCUUUUCGGCGUCUUCCCGUCGCUAGUCGCCCAUACCUUUGGUAUCGGCGGUCUAUCCCAGAACUGGGGUGUGAUGACGCUUGCGCCGGUUCUGAGCGGCAACGUCUUCAACCUGCUGUACGGCAGCAUCUACGACCGACACUCGGUUGUCGGGCCCGACGGGGACCGGGAUUGCCCGGACGGCUUGGCCUGCUACCAAGCCGCGUACUACACGACGUUCCUGUCUGGCGUGGCCGGAGUGGCCGUCUGCCUGUGGAGCAUCCUGCACGAGCGACGGAUCCACGGAGCGAUGCACAAGAAGGUCGAGCACGACCGACUUGCCUGAAAUUGGCAGGAAAUGUCGUCUUCAGAAGCUCAUAUACGGAGUAGUGAUGAGUGAGAGCGAACUCUUUACCAUUUCGAUUUCCUCGUAUAUAUACCCGGGUACUGCACUUUAACAUGGAAUUAUUUCGGAUCAAUAUAGAGGGUUGUUCACAGGAUAGACUUUCAUUUAUCUUUUCUU